GUUUCAGGUAGUGUUUGUGUACCGGUUUUUUUAAAAGGCAAAGUGAACGAAAGGCUUGUGCGCAAUUUCUGCAGCGAACAGAAAUCCUCACACUGCUGCCGUAUUCAAUAAUGGACUUCAUGUCGUUAUUGGAUACGGCAAAUAAGAACAACAAAAUCAACUCGCAAAAACUAAAUGAAGUAAAAACGGACCUUGAUCAUGAGCGGCGUGCUGAGCUGAAACGGAUUGAAGCAGAGAAGAGAGAAAAGAUGGAAAUGCUGAAACGAAAAAAGGCAACAAUGCCCCCGAAACCCGUCCAAGAGGAAAAAAAGUUCACUAUACCAAAAAAGAGUAAAGAGAAGUCUGAGGAGGACAAAGCCAAGAUUUUGGCGUACAUGGAGAAAAAAGCUGAGGAAGAACGUCAGCUGUUGAAGAAGAAACAAGCAGAGAAAGAAAAGCUCAUUCAGUUACGUCUACAAGCACAUGGAGGAAAGGCCACGAAGAGAAUUGCCAAAAAUUUUGGGAUGUCCGCAUUGGAUCUGCAGAUAAAAUAUGGUCACGAUCAUGAACACGUGGAGCGCCUACAAAAACAACAAUGGCGUGAAGAGGAGGAAUGUGAACAACUCGCAGAUAAGUACAGGAAUGGAGUGUACAAAGCUAUCGCACAGAAGAGGAAAAUCGAUGAAAAAAUGAGAGCUUCUGGUUCUGCAAGUAAUAGGGAACCGCAUCGUAUUGCUACAAGCAAGGCGAAUAGCCUCAUGGGAUUGUCCAGUCGUCACCAAGCAAAUCGAGACAGCUUUUCUCCUCCUCGCGAAAGUUCCAAACCGAAGCCGCAGCCAGUACCAGAAGUAAAGAAACCCAGGCCUGCUCCGGUGGUUGAUUUCAACACACUCAUGAAAGCCGCACAAGACAUUGCUGAGGGAAAGAAAACCAGCAUUGAUUUGGAGCGCACCGCAGCGAAGAGGCCUGCUAAUGAUCAGAGCAGUAGCUCUCGAAGUCUAAGUUCAUCCAGUACAGCAAAGCCGAAGUCUGACCGUGACAGGGAAGAAUAUGCACGUCUUAUGGAGAAAAAUAGGAGUUCGACUGGACCUGCAAAGUCGUCAUCCAGCUUGAAACCCUCGUCAUCAUCCAUCUCGAAACCGAUACCAUCAUCUAACUCGAAACCUACUCCAUCGUUGAGCUCCAAAAGACCAGAAAGUCGUCCACAGUCUUCUGCAGUUCCACAUUCGGCACCUGCAACGUCAUCGAAACCGUCUGCGAAGUUGCCGGUCGAGAAAGAGGAAGAGAAAAAGAAGGAUAAUAAGGACACCAGAGGUCGCUUUAAAAAAGGACCUACUCCACCUCCGAUGAUUCCGCCGGCUGUUCCUGGACGAAGGUAUCUUCCUGGCGAUAUACGCUACAAGCAGGCUAUGGAAAUGGCCAAACAAGCUGGAGCACCCCCUCCAACCUCAUCUGCUGACCGGCCUACUUCUUCUAAAGUCUCAUCCACUUCCUCAAAAAUUUCGUCGAGUUCGCAUUUCUCUUCCAAAGACUUGGAUAAACGGAAAUCAAUGAGUGUCGAGAAAGACCGUGAUCGCAACAAAGUUGCUCGUCCUUUGGAGAAGGGUAGAGAGCGGGAACGGGAGAGGGAUCGUUACAGAGAUCGUGAUCGUGGACGACCUGAAUACAACCACCGUGAUUAUCGAGAUCGUGACAGAGAAAGAGAUCGUGAAAUGGAACGACGACGAGAAAGGGAACGAGAAAGAAUCAGACGUGAGCGAGAAAGAGACCGUUAUCGGCAUCAGAGUUACAGUAGAGCAUAUGAUUAUGAUGAAUAUGAAGAGGAAGAAGAUGAUGACUAUGAUAGCGAUCUUGAUGACUUUAUUGACGACAGUGGUAUGGAUAUGGAUGAACUUAGUCGCCAGGAAUUUGAGGAGACACUCAAAAUGGUCAAUCCAAAGUACAACAAACGAAAAUGGCGAGAACGAGAACAGACAAUCAGCCUUAGAGAUAUGCAAGCAGAUUACCGGACUAUCGCUAAGGAAGAAGCAAGAAGUGCCAGAAUUGGUCUCAUCGAGGAUCUACACGAAGCUACCAAGGGACACAGUGAAGCACUGUAAACGGAACGUAUGCAUUACUAGCUUUUCGAUUGUUUCGUAAUCGUUUUUAUUUUCCUGUACAUGGGAUUCAUAUCCCGACUUGGUGGUUUUCAUCAGAAUUCCACAUCAGCUCUGUUGUGUAGCUAAACUCCGCCAUGAACAGCUACAUGUACUCGAGUAUUGAUAAAGUGAUUUGCUGAGAUC